ACACGGACUUUAGGGAGGGGACGGGGAUCAUUCCGCGGCGCGUGGCUGCUUGUUUCCUUCUACUUUUCUAAAAAAAAAAAAAAAAAAACAGAAAAGAAAAGGAAAAAAAAAAAAACCAAACAUGGAUGAGCAGACCGGAGGAGGAGGGGUCGGAGCCCCGAGACAGCCUCCGCCGCCGCAGCAAGGGGGCAACGGCAGCGGCGCUAGCCCGUCGAUCGGUAGGAGGAGGAGGAGGCGGAGGAGUCAUGGUGCCCCACCAGCAAGACGAGCUGCCCCGGCCCCAGCAGCAGUACACCAUCCCCGGCAUCCUGCACUACAUCCAGCACGAGUGGGCCCGGUUCGAGAUGGAGCGAGCGCACUGGGAAGUGGAGAGGGCCGAGCUCCAG